AUGUCGUUGACCCCAUGCACGGCAUUCAUUCCCGGCCACCUCCCCUUGCAGCCUGCGCGACACUCGUGCACGUCUCACACGUGGCCGAAAACCGCUGCGGUUGCGGUGCUGAUUGCACCGCGCACGCGCUCGGUGCGCGGCUGGAAACAGCGGGCUUUUCUGCGGAGCGGGGUCGUCUCCCAAGCGCCAGAGCUCCUGGAGGCAGAAAGCGAAGAAGAGAGGCUGCAGCGAAUGCUGCUGGACUUGGGGGAGUUCGAGUUGCUGGAAGGCUCUUCAUCUGAGCUCUUACAGAGAGCUUUCACCAGCCUCCGCAACACCAAGGGCGGUAAGGAGGCCAAGGAGCGCCUUCCAAGCAGCUCGGAGCUGCUCGGGCUUUUUGCCAGCGCAGUGCUGCAAGAUCCCAGCAACGUGGAGGCCAUCUUUGGGAUGGGUGUUUUCCUGGAAGUGUCACAUCGCCCCAUGGAGAUGCUGCGCUGGAUGGACCUAGUUUUAGAGCUCCAGCCGAAGCACCUGGGCGCAUGGGAGGCGCGCUCCCGCGCUCAGGAGCACCGUGGGCGGCUUUCAGAGGCCUUGGCGGGCUAUCGGCAGUUGGCGUCUCUGGACACCGCCCGGACGCGGCCCCGCGAUGCCUUGCUGGAACAUCAGCAGGUCUAUGUGCUACCUAUGGAGGUUUGGAGCGAGGGAGUGGCUGAAGACUUGCAGGUGGCGGCCAAGAAUGCCUACGAUCCGCCGCGGGACAUAGCUUCAGAUCGAAGCUUUUCGGUGAUGGCCUGGGAUGAUGUGCUUUGCGAGGAAUUGCUGAGGCAUCUGGAGGAAUCGGUGAAGGACCAUUUUGAAUACAUCUUCACGAACCGGCAUGUGUUUGGAGCCGACGAAGAUCAUCAGGGUCCGGCGGCGAACAUGUGGCUGCCAUCGCAGAGGGCCCCAUCCAACGCCGCAGAAGUAGCAGCCCGAAGCAUCCUGCGACACCUCCUGAAGGAGGAGAUCACUGAGUUUGCUGGCGUGGAGUAUUGGGCGCGGGUGCGCUCCUUCAACCUGGGUGCUCGGUUCCACUAUGAUGCAGAUGUGGAUGCAGAGGACGAGUUAGACAGCGACGAGUCGCGGAAAGUCUUUAUUUUCAACUUCUGGCGCCGGCAUCGCCCCACAGACUCCGAGGUUCAGAACCUUGAGAAGUUGAUGGAACUGCAUUACCAAGACCUGCGGGAAACGCCUUUGCGGCCUCAGAUGCUUGGCUUCAGUGAGGUCAGCCGGGCUGACUUUUUGCACAGCAUGUGGAUUUUGGCAAGACCUGAGGAUCUUCCGCACUCCUCAGACUUUGGCGUCUUGGUGACGUGCUAUUUGCCCGUGCUUCUGCCCAUGCCAAGCAUGGAACAAGUUUGUGCUGAAGGAGGCUUCUAUCGUUUGGACUGGUUGCGUGCGGCCGCAGAUGUGGCAAUCGCUCACGGGCGCAUCCCUCGCUGCGCUCAGUGCGGCCAGCGUGACCCCAGCGGUCGCGUGGACGAGCGGCAGACGCGGCAGUUCUACUGUGGCAGUUGUUGGGCUCAGUAUGAGAACGAUCGGCUGACAGAGUACUUCGACUCUGAGGCCGAGCUACGAGCCAAGUGCCAGCGGCUUGCAGACCUCAUCUCAAAUGCUCGUCACCUUAUUGCCUUCACCGGCGCUGGCAUCUCGACCGGCGCCGGCAUCGCAGACUUCCGGAGUGGCAUCAACACCUCCUUGCCCACGGGGCCGGGGCUUUGGGAACGGCCCAAAUCAGCAUCUCCCAGCAAUCUCCUCGAGCAGUGUGCCCAAGCCGAACCUGGCCCAACUCACCGGGUGUUGCAGCGCCUUUGGAAGGGUGGCCUUUUGAAGCAUAUCAUUUCUCAGAACGUUGAUGGUCUGCAUCGAAAAUCUGGCGUUCCUGCCUCUGCUUUGAGUGAGCUACACGGCAACAUUUUCGUGGAAAGGUGCGCAAAAUGUGGCCAUGACUUUGAGCGCACGUUCAACACCAUUUGCCCUGGCGGCUACACUGGCCGCAGCUGUGAAUUCUGUGGAGGCCCCUUACGCCACAGUGGCGUCGGCUUCGGGGACGAUCUGCCACAACAGGUCAUCAAGGAAGCCUGGGCUCAGACGGAGGCUGCUGACCUGUGCGUAGCUUUGGGCAGCUCCAUCACUGUGACACCCGCGUCGGAGAUGCCGAGCUGGCUGGCGCGGAAGCAUCGGAAGAGCUCUGGAAAAGGUUUGGUCAUUGUCAACCUCCAAGCCACGCCCUGCGAUUCCUUAGCCCUGCUGCGCAUCAACGGAAUGGUUGAUGAGGCUGUGGAUGGAAUGGGCACAUGGCAUGCGUGA